AUGCUUAAUGAUGUAUUGUCAUUAUGUGUCGGAUUAUGGGCGGUCAAGGUUGCAAAUCGAGAGACUACCUCCAAUACCUAUACCUACGGCUGGCAACGAGCGGAGACACUUGGUGCCUUGGUUAAUGGCGUAUUCUUAGUCGCUCUGUGCAUGUCGAUUUUCCUGGAGGCAACUCAGCGACUGUAUGAACCCCAGGAAGUGCAGAAUCCUCGAUUUGUUUGCAUUGUUGGCUGCUUCGGCCUAGCUUCUAAUAUCAUUGGAUUGGCCCUUUUCCACGACCACUCCCAUGGGCCCGGCGGCCACGGGCACGAUCACGGGCACGAUAACGAGGGACACGACCAUGAUAAUGACAUCGAGGCUGGUGAUCAUGACCACGACCACGGCCAUACACCGAUCGCUGAUGAGAGUGAGAACACCCCAGGGGCUACUGCUGGUUUUGGCGGACCUGCAAGCUUGCCCUCAAACUCCCUCACCUAUUCUACGACGGAACAAUCCCGAAAACGGCGCGACACCCAGUCCCGUGGCUCCAGAAGAUACAGCACCUCGGGAUUCGUGAGCCCUGACGAUAUUCCCGUGCUUCCAGAGAGACUGAGGCAAGGGAUUAUCGCGGCCAGCCAAUAUCACAAUGAACAAUCAUCGGAUUCGGAAAAUGGCAAUGAUGAGGAUGAGAUGCCAUCGGAGCGCUCAGGUCUUCUAAGUCACCGCGAUCGCACCACGAACUACACCGAUGGGGAGGGAGCCCCGGUCAAGGUCCACGACCACCGCGAUGAAGAUGUCCACAAAUCUCACAACCAUGCUCAGCCCAAGCCAAAGGACCAAAAGAAGGGUCACAAUCACGACCUCAAUAUGCGUGGUGUCUUCCUUCAUGUCAUGGGAGACGCUCUCGGAAACAUUGGUGUGAUCGUUUCCGCGCUUGUUAUAUGGCUAACAGAUUACGAAUGGCGGUAUUACGUCGACCCGGGUAUUUCCCUUGUUAUCACCCUUAUCAUUCUUGCAUCCGCUAUUCCGUUGUGCAAAGCCGCUUCGCGUAUCCUUCUUCAGGCCGUGCCCCCCGGUAUGAGCAUUGAACACAUUAAGGAGGACAUUGAGGGCCUUCCUGGUGUGAUCAGUUCACACCACUUGCACGUUUGGCAACUUAGCGACACCAAGAUUGUGGCUUCAAUUCAUCUCCAAGUGGGUACUGAGAUCAAGGGCGAAGGCUCGGAGAGGUACAUGCGUCUGGCUAGACAGGUGAGACGCUGUCUCCAUGCCUACGGUAUUCAAUCUUCCACUAUUCAACCUGAGUUUGCACCGGAAAGUGAUGCGGAAGACAACGGACACGCAUCAUCCUCUCGGGAUGCUGAUGACCACGUUCCUAGUCGUGCUGCCAGUGUUCGGGAGGGCGACCCCCAAGCGUGCCUUCUGGAGUGA